UGUCCCUCUCCCCCUCUCUCUCUCUCUCUCUCUAAGCAACAAUGGCGAUUCAAAUCCGACCACAUCUCCACCCUCUCAUCCUUGUUUUGGGCAUAACAUGAUAGGCCUAAGCUGUAAUUUGGAGAGGCGCGGCAAUUUUUGUAUUAUUUUGACCAAAUUAUCCUCCUCAAUGUUAAAAUUAAUCCCUUUCCUCUAUUUCUCCACUUCUCUUUUCUUUAUCCUUCUACCAUUAUCUACUUCUUUGCCACUUGAAACGCAAGCACUCCUCGACAUAAAGAGGCACUUAAAUGAUCCCAUGAACCAUCUUGCUAGCUGGAACAAAUCUAAUUCUCCUUGUCAAUUUUAUGGUGUCACCUGCGACUUAAGUUCCCAGCACGUGAUUGGAAUUGCACUUGCCAAUUUAUCAUUAUCUGGCUCACUAUCGCCCUCUGUUUCUCUUCUACCAAGUUUAGUUUCUCUAGAGCUUGGAGCAAAUAGCUUAUCAGGAAUUGUACCUUCCGAACUUGCCAACUGCACAAAUCUUCAAGUUCUUAAUCUCUCAACAAACAGCUUAACUGGUAAGGUGCCGGAUCUUUCAGCUCUAAAGAACCUUCAAGGUUUUGACCUGUCAACAAACGGCUUUUCCGGUGAAUUUCCAACAUGGAUCGGGGAAUUAUUAGGCCUAGUCGAGCUGGGCCUUGGAGAGAAUAAUUUUGAUGAGGGGUUUAUUCCACAAAAUAUUGGAAAUUUAAAGAAUUUGACAUGGCUCUUCUUGGGACAAUGUAAUCUCAUUGGCGAAAUACCGGCCUCCAUUUUCGAGUUAACUUCACUAGGAACAUUAGACUUCUCCAGAAACCAGAUCUCUGGGAUAUUUCCAAAAGCAAUUUCAAAUUUGCAAAAUCUCUACAAGAUCGAGCUCUUCCAGAACAAUUUGACUGGAGAAAUCCCUCCUGAGCUUGCAAAGCUCACACUAUUAUCUGAAUUUGAUAUUUCUCGCAACCAACUGAGUGGAGAGAUUCCUCCUGAAAUCGGUAGCCUUAAAAAGCUGAAAAUUUUUCAUCUGUAUCGGAACAACUUCUCGGGUGAAAUUCCUGAAGGAUUUGGGGAGCUGGAGUUUCUUUGGUCAUUUUCCAUCUAUGAGAAUAGUUUUUCUGGAAAAUUUCCUGCAAAUUUCGGUCGUUUCUCGCCACUCAACAGCAUAGACAUAUCUGAGAACAAUUUCUCCGGUGAAUUUCCCAGAUUCCUUUGUCAAAACAACAACCUUCAAUUCUUGCUCGCUCUUGAUAAUGACUUUUCGGGUGAAUUUCCAGAUUCUUAUUCAUCUUGCAAAACUUUGCAGAGGUUUCGAAUUAGUCAGAACCACUUCACCAGGAAAAUCCCCGACGGUAUCUGGGGAUUGCCAAAUGCAGUAAUUAUUGAUGUAGCAGACAAUGGUUUUGUUGGAGGGAUUUCUUCAGACAUAGGAGUUUCAGCUAGUCUAAAUCAGUUAUAUGUUCAAAAUAACAAGUUCGUUGGGGAGCUUCCUCCUGAACUGGAGAAUCUGUACCAGUUGCAGAAACUUUUUGCUUUUAAUAACAGCUUUUCUGGCCAAAUCCCUUCUCAAAUUGCCUCCCUCAAGCAGUUAUCAUCUUUGCAUUUGGAAGGAAAUGUCCUUACAGGACCAAUUCCUUCGGAAGUCGGGUUGUGUACUAACCUGGUAGACCUAAAUCUUGCACAAAAUUUAUUGGGAGGUACUAUUCCAGAAACACUAGAUUUACUUACUUCCCUCAAUUCGCUCAAUCUAUCCCAAAACUAUCUCCGCGGCUCAAUUCCAGAGGGUUUGCAAGCAUUAAAGCUAAGUUAUGUCGAUUUUUCCAAUAAUCAAUUAUCAGGAGGGAUACCACCAGAGCUUCUGCUAAUAGCUGGUGAAGAAGCAUUUUCUGGAAAUGACGGGCUUUGUAUUGAAGAGAUUCCCAGAACCCAGAAAUACUCUAGUUUAAGUUUUUGCAAUUCGAAUCAUGGCCGCAAUGGUGUUUUGGGAAGGCGAGUAGUUCUUAUGAUAAUCAUCUUUGUAGUAUUGAUUGUCCUUUUAGCUGGCCUGGCAUUUGUGAGCUAUGAAAGCUUUAAGCUCGAAGAACGUCGCAAAAGGAGAGAUUUUGAUGAGUGCAAAGGAAAAGAUUCAAAGUGGGUACUCGAAUCUUUUCAUCCAAUGGAGCUUGAUCCAGAGGAAAUAUGUAAUCUGGAAGAGGAUAAUUUGAUUGGAAGUGGAAGCGCAGGUAAAGUUUAUAAAUUGGAUUUGAAUAAAAGCCGAGGAACUGUUGCUGUAAAGCAAUUAUGGAAAAAUGAUGCAGCAAAAGUACUAACGGCAGAAAUAAACAUUUUGGGAAAGAUCAGGCACAAAAAUAUAUUGAAAUUGUAUGCUUUGCUAAGAGUAGGGGGAUCAAAUUUUCUUGUUUAUGAAUAUAUGCCGAAUGGCAAUUUAUAUCAAGCUCUUCGAAGGGAAUUUAAAGGUGGGCAGCCAGAGUUGGAUUGGAAUAAAAGGUAUAAGAUUGCUGUGGGGGCUGCAAAGGGUAUUAUGUAUCUUCAUCAUGAUUGCUCUCCGCUCAUUAUUCAUAGAGACAUAAAAUCCACUAAUAUAUUGUUAGAUGAUGAGUAUGAUGCAAAAGUUGCUGAUUUUGGAAUAGCAAAGAUUGCAGAAGGGUCGGAGCUCAGUUGUUUUGCUGGUACUCUUGGUUAUCUUGCUCCUGAGCUUGCAUACUCUCUCAAGGCAACAGAGAAGAGUGAUGUCUAUAGCUUCGGUGUUGUCUUACUGGAAUUGCUCACAGGCCGCAGUCCAAACGAUCCUCAAUCCGACAAUGGAGAAGAUCUCGUCUGUUGGGUAUUGACUCGCCUAGACGGCCAAAACUUCUCAAAAGUCUUUGACCCAAGGGUGUCUAUUUAUGCAGAAGAAGAUAUGCUGAAAGUUCUAAAUAUAGCCAUUCUCUGCACGAAUAAGUUGCCGUCGGUGCGGCCUACCAUGAGAGAAGUAGUCAACAUGCUUAUUGAUUCUGGUCCUUGCUCUAUCAGGAAGAGAGCAAAGAGCUUUGGUAAUAACUGCUAGCUUUUCCUUAAGCAGCUCUUUUUGUAUAGGGGCGUUUACACAAAUAUCCCUGCAUUUAGUUACAUAGAUCCUAUGCGAAUUCCGAAUUCUCAAUACAUUCCCCAUGCAGCUCUUUGAAAGAACCUUAUCUUUAAGUUGGGCAGUCAUCGGAAUCCCUGGAGGGUUGAAGCUUGUUGUGAAUCUAAAAUGAAUCUAAGUGCGUCAUUUUCAUAACUACAAGAGCAUAUGCUUUAAUGAUCUUUGAUGAAAACUCAGAUUUUGCAGGGAACUGUGUAAACAGAGAAUCUGUAGGGAUGUAUGUGUAAAUUACCCAUGUUGUAUAAUAUCAGUGUAGUAAUGAGAAUGUUUAGGUAGUCUAGCUCAUGUACAAGAUAUUCAGUUUUAGAAUUGCUUCUUUUAUUGAUCUAGGAAAUGCCGUAGGAGGCAUUUGGUAUCAAUUUAGGACUCAACACUUGUAUUUGAUCAUCUGUAUGCUAGCAAUAGAUUUUCUUUUCUUUUUUUUA